AUGUGUGAUGAUGCAGGCCUAUGCACUUAUAAAGACCAAUACAUAUCCGAAUCCGUUACGUCAGGGGUUUUGGCUAAAGAAAGAUUCACCGUAAAUUCAGAUAACGAUGGCCUUGAAUCUUUUAACAUGAUCAUGGGUUGCGGCACUAACCAAGUGAAUUUUGAACCAUUUUUUGGGCUUGGACAUAGAAGGAGGCAACCUGAUGUUAUUGCAGGAAUACUCGGUCUGGAUGGAAACCCGAGGUCUUUUCUAAGUCAAUUAGGUCCUGCCGGACAAGGCAAAUUUGCAUACUGCCUAAAACCAUAUACUGAUGGUACGGCUUUGAGCACAUACUUGAGGUUUGGUUCAGACGCGAGGACCGGAGGUGAAGGUCAACAAGUUUAUCAAACUCCCUUAUUUUUCCAUCGUUAUGACCCAGGUGCAUAUUACUUAAAUUUGGAGGAUAUUGGUGUUGCUGAGAUUAGAAUCAGAUUUCAAAACAGAGAUUUCCAGUACAAGGAGGAUACUGGAAGAGGCGGUUGUUUCAUAGAUUCAGGGUCUCCACUGACCUCUUUGCACGAAGCCCACUUUGAUAGAGUUGCAGAAAAGGUGGUGGCACAUUUUCAAGGUUUGGAUAUUCGUCCUCUUGCAGGACGCCGUGGUCAAUUUGAUCUUUGUUUUUCUCCAAAACCUAAGGCUGUUAAAGAUUAUCCAACAAUGACGUUUCACUUUCAACAUGCCGAUUUUGUAGUCGACAGUCCGGAUAGUGUUUUUUAUUCUUUCAGCAAUAACGAGUUCUGUUUGGGUCUUUCUCGAGUGAGGAGUGAGUAUGCGUACAUGAAUGUCGUUUUUGGAGCAGUGCAACAAGCUCGCAAAAGGAUUUUAUAUGAUGUUAUGGGAGGGACACUCUCAUUUGCUAAAGAUGAAUGCGAAUUGGCGUCGUAA